AUGCCUCCCAAAAAGAUCAUUCGAGCUAACCCCCCCACGAUCGACCUCUCAGCGAUCCCCCCUUCCCUACCUCCCUCCGUCGAAGAGGCCUACCGGAGAAAAUGCGUCCAGCUCAAGCAGCGCACCGGCGAGGUCGAGGAGGAAAACGACGCGACUCGCAUCCGUCUCGCCCGGAUCCGGCGACAGAUUGAGAAGCUGCGGAUGGAGAGGGCCUUCUUGCUGGAGCAACUAGCUAAGAGAACAAGCACCAACGUGGAGGAUUCAGACGGCAGCCCGAGCCCGCCACCGACUCCUCAAGAAAAGCCUCUGCGUACGAAACGCGGUCACCGGAAGCCUUCGGUCCUCGCCGAGAUCGACGCUGCCGCCAAGGGCAACUCUAGACCACUCAGUCAGACCGCCGCGACCAUCUCACCCAGCUCCGAGACUUUCUCCCACACCCAGGGCGGCGACACCCAGGCCUCGGCGCGCACCAACGGUGUCGCGAAGCCGCCCAAGCGUCCCGGCAACGCGUUUGAGCUGUACUGCGCCGAGACGCGGCCUGCUCUCGAGGAGAAGAGCAAGGACGACGCAGACGCCAACGUUGAUGAGGAGCUCGCCCGCGGUUGGAAGGACCUGCCGGACGGCGAGAAGGAGGCGUUCCAGAAGCGCUCCGAGCAGGAGAUGGCCAAGUACCAGAAGGACAAGGAUGCCUUCGCGGCCAAGAGCAAGAGCGCCGAGCUCAAGGAGGAAGAGGAGCGCGAGAAGUCGCCAGAGGCGGCGCCCGCGGCAUCGCAAGACGAAGACGUAGAGAUGGCAAACUACGAUACCGAGGAGCAACCGGAGGACACUCCGGCCGCGGAUGACAAGGCGGACGACUGA